CUUCGUGUUUUUCUGCGUCCAGAGCUGCAGUUCUUCUCUUCACUGCUCUGUGUCCUCUGCUCCUAGAGGCCAAGCCUAUGUGUCCUUGUGUCCUGCAGGUAUCUGCAGAUUUGUGGCUAAAAGACCGGGACCCCCUGGAAGCCGGGAAAUGGGACCGUUGACAUUCAGAGACAUAGCUAUAGAAUUCUCUCUGGAGGAAUGGCAAUGCCUGGAUUGUGCUCAGCGGAAUUUAUAUAGAGAUGUGAUGUUAGAGAACUACAGAAACCUGGUCUCCCUGGGUAUUGCUGUCUCUAAGCCAGACUUGAUCACCUGUCUGGAGCAAAAUAAAGAGUCCCAGAAUAUAAAGAGAAAUGAGAUGGUAGCCAAACACCCAGUUACACAUUCCCAUUUCAUCCAAGACCUUCAGCCAGAGCAGGGCAUCAAAGAUUCACUCCAAAAAGUAAUACCGAGAACAUAUGGAAAAUGUGGACAUGAGAAAUUACAAUUUAAAAAAUGCUGUAAAAGUGUGGGUGAAUGUGAGGUGCACAAAGGAGGUUAUAGUGAAGUUAACCAAUGUUUGUCAACUACCCAAAACAAAAUAUUUCAGACUCAUAAAUAUGUCAAAGUCUUUGGUAAAUUUUCAAAUUCCAAUAGAGAUAAAACAAGAUAUACUGGAAAGAAACAUUUCAAAUGUAACAAAUAUGGCAAAUCAUUUUGCAUGCUUUCACACCUAAAUCAACAUCAGGUAAUUCAUACUAGGGAGAAGUCCUACAAAUGCAAAGAAUGUGGCAAAUCCUUUAACUGCUCCUCAAACCAUACUACACAUAAAAUAAUUCAUACUGGAGAGAAACCAUAUAGAUGUGAGGAAUGUGGCAAAGCCUUUAGCUGGUCUGCAAACCUUACUAGACAUAAGAGAACUCAUACUGGAGAGAGACCCUACACAUGUGAAGAAUGUGGCCAAGCCUUUAGGCGCUCCUCAGCACUUACUAACCACAAGAGAAUUCAUACUGGAGAGAGACCCUACAAAUGUGAAGAAUGUGGCAAAGCCUUUAGCGUAUCCUCAACCCUCACUGACCACAAGAGAAUUCAUACUGGAGAGAAACCCUGCAGGUGUGAGGAAUGUGGCAAAGCCUUUAGCUGGUCCUCAAACCUUACUAGACAUAAGAGAAUUCAUACUAGAGAGAAACCCUAUGCCUGUGAAGAAUGUGGCCAAGCCUUUAGCUUAUCCUCGAACCUUACUAGACAUAAGAGAGUUCAUACUGGAGAGAAACCCUACACAUGUGAAGAAUGUGGCCAAGACUUUAGGCGCUCCUCAGCACUUACUAUCCACAAGAGAAUUCAUACUGGAGAGAGACCCUACAAAUGUGAAGAGUGUGGCAAAGUCUUUAGCUUAUCCUCAACCCUCACAGACCACAAGAGAAUUCAUUCUGGAGAGAGACCCUACAAAUGUGAAGAAUGUGGCAAAGCCUUUAGCUUAUCCUCAACCCUCACUGACCACAAGAGAAUUCACACUGGAGAGAGACCCUACACAUGUGAAGAAUGUGGCAAAGCCUUUAAUUGCUCCUCAACCCUUAUGCAACAUAAGAGAAUUCAUACUGGAGAGAAACCCUACAAAUGUGAAGAAUGUGACCAAGCUUUUAAGUGGCAUUCAAGUCUUGCUAAACAUAAGAUAAUUCACACUGGAGAGAAACCCUACAAAUGUGAAUAAUGUGGCAAAGUCCACCCUCAGGCCUUAUAAUGCAUAAAAUAAUUUACACUGGAAAAAAACACUACAAAUGUAGAGAAUGUGGCCAAGCCUUUAACCAGUUCCAAACCUUAAUUGAACGUAAGAGAAUUCAUAUUGGACAGAAAUUUUAUAAAUGUAAAAAAAUGUAACAAAGCCUUUAACCAACCCUCAAACCUUAAUAAACCCAAGAGAAUUUAUUUUAAAAAAAUUUUUUUGAGUUGGAGUCUCCCUGUGUCACCCAGGCUGGAGUGCAGUGGCAUGAUCGCAGCUCACCGUAACCUCUGCCUUCCAGGUUCAAGCGAUUCUCCUGCCUCAGCCUCCUGAGUAGCUGGGAUUACAGGCGUGUGCCACCACACUGGCUGAUUUGUGUAUUUUUAGUAGAGAUAGAGUUUCACCAUGUUGGCCAGGCUGGUCUUGAACUCCUGACCUCAGGUGAUCCACCUUUGUCAGCCUCCCAAAGCCUAAGAGAACUUACAUUACAGAGACCCUAGAAACAUAAAAAAAGUGACAAAACCUUUAAGCACAUCUCAGGCCUUACAUAAUAUCUGAUCAUUCAUUCUAGAGAGAAACUCUACAAAAGCAAAGAAUGUGGUAAAGCUGUUAACUAGUCUUGAACCCUUAUUAUACAUAAGAGAAUUAAUACUGAAGAGAAACCCUGCAAUAAGCAAUAUGGUAAUGUCUUUCAAAAGUCCUCAAACCUGAAUAAAUGUAAGAUAAUUGAUAUUGGAGAGAAACCCUGCAAUUGUAGAAAAAAAUGUGGCAAACCCUUUAACUGGUUCUCCAUGCUUACUCACUAAAACAUUUUAUACUGGAGAGAAACUCUGCUUACAUAAAAAUGUGACAGAGCAUUUAAGCACACCUCAAACUUUUCUAAAAAAGAGAAAUCAUUCUGGUGAGAGACUCUAGAAAUGUGUUAAAUGUGGCAAGGACUUUAAAUGGUAGUCACACGUUAUGGUAGGUAAGAUAGUCUAUACUGAAGAAGACUCCUACAAAUAUGAAGAAUGUGGCAAAACUUUUAACAAAUUCUCACACCUUAUGGUACAGGAAAGCAUUUAUACUAGAGAAAAAUUGUACAAAUACAAAGAAUGUGAAAAACCAUUAAUAUCAGGUCACAUCUUACUCAAUAUCAGAAAGUUUAUACUUAAUAAAGGGAUUAUAGGUCAGGUGUGUUGGCUCAUGCCUAUAAUUCCAGCACUUUGGGAGGCCAAGGUCGGUGGAUCAUGAGGUCAUGAGUUCAAGACCAGCCUGGCCAACAUGUUGAAACUCCAUCUCUACUAAAAAUAGAAAAACUAGCUGGGUGUGGUGGCGUGCACCUGUAAUCCCAGCUACUCGGCAGGCAGAGGUAGGAGAAUUGCUUGAACCGGGGAGGCAGAGGUUGCAGUGAGCUGAGAUAGAGCCACUACACUACAGCCUGGGUGACAGAGCAAGACUCCGUCUCAAAAAAAAAUUAUAAAUGUGAUUACUGUAAAAAGACCUUUUGGAAAAUAUAGGCCUUUAAAGUAAAGACCAGUUAUUCUGAAGACAAACAUACAAACUUAAAGAGGAUUGCUGUACUUUUACUUCCAUUACAGAUUUUAUUGUACACAUUUUAUAUUAAAGGAAAAAUUUGAAGAUCUGAGAAGAUGCUCAAACUUUGUUGAACAUUAGAGAAUUUAUAUUGGAGAGAAAGUCUAAACAUGUAAUGAAUGUGAAAAACAUUUGUUCAAAACCUACAGCUUAGAAAACACCAGUUUGUACUAAAUAUUUUUGCAGAACCAGUAAAUGGGGAAAACAUAUUAAAUCAAAAAUUAAGUCUAUAUAAACAUCUGAGGGGUCACAGUAGAAAGAAUGAAGGCACUGAAACUUCAUACAUUACACUAAAUCAGAGGGUUGAGUGUAAAAGAGAUCCAAAGCUAACACCAUAUACAUGUUAAAGAAGUAGUUUUUUUCGAGAUUCAUAAUUACCUUCGAGGUAUGCUUCUUUCUUCUAUAAAAAAAUAGUUUCUGAAAAGCAAAUAAUAAUGUAACUCAAGUCUCAGAUUCCGUCAUGUUGACUCUUCCCAUUGUUUGUGAAAGUAUUUGAUCAGUUUUUUCAUCAGAGAUAGGAGAGAUUGUUUUUUAUCAAUUGUACGUUUAUGUAAUAAAAUGCAAUAAAUUUAAAAAUUUUUUAAA